AGCGGCAAGAGGUGCAAACUGUCCUCUGCUGCCUGACAUCUCCAUGCAAGCUGUCCUCUGGUGGGGCUAGGAAAACAACAACAACCUCCUCGGAACCCCAAGGCUGGUGGUGCCUGUAGACCUCCAUGGCAGCAAUUUUGGAGCAGCUGCAGAGUUUUAAGUGCACAAUGACUUCAUAGAGGAUUUCAUCUGUGUAAUUAUCCCUUCACUGCGGACUAAAGACUCUUGGGGAUCGGAAGAAAAUUAUAUCAAUUAUUUCUGCCUUUAGACUGUCACACUUGUCCUUUUUUUUGCAACUGGAAGCUCUAUGACCAUCAUGACUAACCAAGAAAAGUGGGUCAAUCUCAGCCCUGCAGAAUUUUCUCAACUUCAAAAGUAUGCAGAAUAUUCAACCAAGAAACUCAAGGAUGUAUUGGAAGAGUUUCACGGUAACGGAGUCCUGGCCAAAUACAACCCAGAAGAGAAACAAGAUAUACUGAAACAGGCGAUUGACUUUGAAGGUUUCCAGCUAUUUAUGAAGACGUUUCUGGAGGUGGAUCUGCCUGAUGAAUUUUGCAAACAUCUGUUCAUGUCCUUUAGCAACAGAUUCCACCACCCAAGUCCUUCAAUGCAGAGCAAAACUGCUCUUCUCUCCGGUGGUCUCCGCAUGAAUUAUAGAAGUAACAACUCAUCACGCUCUUCAUCCCCGGUGUCCCUGCGACCUCCUGACGUCAUCCAGCUAAAAGAUAUUGUCUGUUAUUUAUCACUGCUUGAAAGAGGAAGACCCGAGGAUAAGCUGGAAUUCAUGUUUCGGCUGUAUGACACGGAUGGCAAUGGCUACCUGGACAGCACGGAGCUGGAGAGUAUAAUCACACAGAUGAUGCAUGUCGCUGAAUAUCUGGAGUGGGACAUCACCGAGCUCAGUCCUAUUCUCCAUGAAAUGAUGGAAGAGAUUGACUAUGACCACGAUGGGACUGUGUCACUGGAUGAGUGGAUCCAGGGAGGAAUGACCACCAUCCCGCUCCUCGUUUUACUUGGGUUGGAAAAUAAUGUGAAGGAUGAUGGGCAGCAUGUUUGGAGACUGAAGCACUUCAACAAACCUGCCUACUGCAACCUGUGUCUGAAUAUGCUGAUUGGCCUUGGGAAACAAGGAUUAUGUUGCUCAUUCUGCAAAUAUACCGCCCAUGAACGUUGUGUUUCCAGAGCUCCCCCAUCUUGCAUUAAAACCUACGUAAAGUCAAAGAAGAACACAGAUAUUAUGCACCAUUUUUGGGUGGAAGGAAAUUGCCCCACUAAAUGUGAAAAGUGCCACAAAGCCAUCAAGUGUUAUCAAGGCCUCACGGGAUUACACUGUGUGUGGUGUCAGAUUACACUUCACAAUAAAUGUGCUUCACAUCUUAAACCUGAAUGUGAAUGUGGACUCUUGAAGGAUCACAUCUUGCCACCCACUACCAUCUGUCCGGUCGUGUUGGAAAGACAGUCAACGUUGAAAAGGGAGAAGAACUGUUCCCAGCAAGGAAAUAAAUCAGGCGAAAGGGUAAAAAUGCAAAGAGCAAACUCUGUGACGGUGGAUGGACAAGGUCUCCAGAUUACACCAGUUACAGGAACACAUCCUCUACUCAUCUUUGUAAAUCCAAAAAGUGGUGGAAAACAAGGUGAAAGGAUACAUAGGAAAUUUCAGUACCUUCUAAAUCCACGACAGGUUUAUAGUCUUGCUGGGAUCGGACCUAUGCCGGGGUUGAAUUUCUUUCGUGAUGUUCCAGACUUCCGGGUUCUUGCUUGUGGAGGAGAUGGGACAGUUGGGUGGAUUUUGGACUGCAUUGAUAAGGCCAAUUUGACGAAACAGCCUCCAGUAGCUAUCCUACCUCUUGGUACAGGCAAUGACCUGGCAAGAUGUUUGAGGUGGGGAGGAGGCUAUGAAGGAGAAAAUCUCAUGAAGUUCCUCAAAGACAUUGAGAAUGGCACAGUCGUUCUUCUAGAUCGAUGGAAAAUCGAAGUUAUCCCUAAUGAUAAAGAUGAAAAGGGAGACCCAGUGCCUUACUCCAUCGUAAACAAUUACUUUUCCAUCGGAGUGGAUGCAUCCAUCGCUCACAGAUUUCAUAUGAUGCGAGAAAAACAUCCUGAAAAGUUCAACAGUAGAAUGAAGAAUAAAUUUUGGUAUUUUGAAUUUGGGACGUCUGAAACUUUCUCCGCAACUUGCAAAAAACUUCAUGAAGCAAUUGAAAUAGAAUGUGAUGGCAUCCAAAUGGAUCUUGGAAAUAUCUCUCUGGAAGGAAUUGCUAUUCUGAACAUCCCGAGCAUGCACGGUGGCUCAAAUCUCUGGGGAGAGACCAGAAAAAGAAGAAUUAAUCGCAGACUUGAAAAGAAGAGUCAAGAAAAGAGGAACACGGUGACCGAUGUAAAGGAGCUCAAAUUUGCAGCGCAAGAUCUAAGUGAUCAACUGUUGGAGGUGGUUGGCUUGGAAGGAGCAAUGGAGAUGGGACAGAUUUACACAGGGCUGAAAAGUGCUGGAAGGCGCCUUGCACAAUGUUCCUCCGUGUUUAUAAGGACCAGCAAGUCUCUCCCUAUGCAGAUUGAUGGGGAACCCUGGAUGCAGACACCUUGCACGAUCAAGAUCACUCACAAGAACCAAGCCCCUAUGCUAAUGGGACCUCCCCCGAGGAACAGUCUCUUUACAUCCUUCAUCAAAGGAACAAUGAGCAGAAACAAAGAGUGAAUUAUGUUAUGUAUAUACCUUCAAUGGACAUGUCGGCUUCAUACCAUGUUUUACUGGGCUUCAUAGCUGUAUUUGAAAAUAAUGGGCUUGUUUUUACAUUUUUUAACUAUUAUGUUAACAUUAAGUUAUAAUUCUAAUUUAUUGUAAUGUUUUUUUGUAUUUUUUUUUGUGUCUGGCAUGUGCAGUCAGUAUUUAUUUCUAUUAAGCAACAUUACGGCUUGUAAUGUUUGCAUGCAUUUAAUUUACUGCUAUGCAUCUGAAUGCUUAGAUCAGGCCUGUUAUUUUGACACUGUACCCUCAACAGGAAAAAGGGAAGCAUUUCACUUUGGUGGAGAUUUAUAAUUAUCUGAUAUUAUUUGUGUUAUACGAUUUACUAAUUGGCAACCCAGUCUUUAAAAAACACUUUCCCGGGGGAUCCAUGCACAUAAGAGCGUUUUAUAGGCAGACUUGAGAGAGAAAAAAUAAUAUGAAGGUAGACAGUCAAUGAGUUCCAUAUUACAGAUCAGAACAACUCAUACGUAGAACUAUUUUAAUAGUUAGAGAUUAAUUUUCCUGAUACAGAGCUCCAAAUCCCCUGCAUGAUACAAUUCUAAAGCCACCACUGGAGGGAACUCAGGAGCUUACUGCAUACUUAUUAUUAAGUUCAAUGUAUAAAUUGUCUGAAGUAAGCUUCAAAGCUCCCUCUAGUGGUGGCUGUGGGCAGUAUUUUUUUUUCUUUUUCAGUCUAUGUUUAUGUAUAUUUGGAGCAUUGUAUUGGAAAAAUAGCAGACCACCUCAAAUAAUGUUAUGAAAGCUAUCAGCACAGAAUGUUCGACCUAUUUAUUAAACCUGUGGACAUUCAAUGUAAUCCGUCAACAAUAUACUUGACUUUUUUAUAUUUUUAUUUAUCUGAACAUCCUCCAUAACAGAAAGGUACGCUACGCAUAAAUAAUUUGUGUAAAUCUAUAUGGUGGCACAAAUAACUAACCCGAUCUUUAGAAACCAUGCUCUUAAUAAACUGUUUCCCGCCAAAGAUUUACUGACUAAGAUGUUGGAGUAAUGGGUUAAUGCAUAAUUAAUCAAGGACAUCGAAUGAAAUUCACAGCUAAAAAAAAUAAAUAAAUUACAGCACUUUUGAUUACCUUGGCAAGUGCUCAGAUUAGACUCCCGAUGCAUUAAGUAAACUUAAAUAAAUAGACUUGUGUUGCUGGGUAAGAUACUGCCAAUUUUGUAUGAAUAUUGGGGAUCCAUCUAGAAAUCACUAUAAAGUAUCAUGUGCACAAAAAUGUUAUUGGCAAAUAUUUAGAAUUUAGUUCUAUAGGGAAGACCUUGAACAUAUAUUUGCAUAGAUGCUUGUAUACAGAAUAUAUCUUGUUAAGAUAAACUUCCCAAGAUUUCAUGAAAUAUUUGAGGGGCUGGCUAUACCUGUUCAUAUCCUCUUAUUAAGGAAGGGGGUGACAUUUUCAGUAAAAUGUUCAGAGUGGUUUAACAAAAAAUAAAAGAACCAAUACUCACCUCAUUGAUCCUCACCCUUGCUGUUCUGGCAUUUAAUGGCUCCGCACUGGUCUCCACUUCCUGUUCUGGGCUCAACAGGCAAGAAAGGUUAGGAAAGGACCAUUUAGCCAGUCAUGAAUGGUUAUCUCCUGCCAUUUCCUGUGUGUCAAGCUUGCAAUAAAAAGUGGAAAAAAGUAAGGACCCAAUAAGCAUCAGAAGGGCAGCGUUGUGGGAAUCGGUGAUGGUAUCAUUCACUCUGAGAACAUUAAUAAACAUUUUCUGAAGUAACCUUUCAUAAGGGAUAUGACAAGGUAUAGACAGACUCAGUCUCAGCCCCCCAAAAAUUUCUAUGAAAUCUUACAAAGUUUAUUUAAACACUGGUUAACAUUUUAUUUUCUAUAGUUAUAAUGUCUAGAUGACUCCUGAUGGGACAGAUAUAAAGUUUAGUUCCCCAACCAGAGUCAUGCUAGUGUCAAGAAAAUCUACUGUGAUAAGGGCCUACAUGCCCUUGAGGCAACACCAGGCAGCUGCUAUUGGGUCCUUUGCUAUUGGGUGGUGAGAACCUGUGCAGGAUUCCCUUCUUGAGAGUAUCUGCGUUGUUAAUCAAUGAGGAAGGCAAUGAGGAAGAGGGGAAUUGGCCCAUGUAAAAGAGUUUAAGAGGAAAACAAAUAGGACCACAUGCCCUGAGUGUCAAAUCUGAGCAUGAUAAUUAGAGGCACAUUUUGAUCUUUGCUCUGGGACCUCUAAGCCACUGUACUGUGAUAUAAUAUUUUUGUGGUAGUAUGUACUCGUAUUUUGACCAAAGGUAGUUUUAAUACAGCACUUUUAGAAAGCACUGGUUUAAUGGUCUAAUAUAGAGAAAAUCACCUCACUGGUGUUUUUGGCAACCCUAGAACUUUUAAAGACCUAGAACAAAGGCUUCUGGAGAGUUUGGGACCAAGCACAAUGUGUUGUCCAAAAUUUGGACCACCAGGAGAUAGGUAUGUUGACUUGAAGUAUAUGCGGUGAGUUUAAAGAAGGUCCAAAUUUCUCAAUAUGUGACAGUUCGACCUGUGAUUAAGAUAUAUUGG